CGGGCCGCGACCCGCGCCGCCUGCCGGGGCCGUGCCGGGCCGGGGCCCGCCCUCGGCUCGCGCCGUCUCUCUCCGGUGCCCGCAGCGGCCGGGGCCAUGGGCACGCCGGCCUCGGUGGUGAGCGACCCCCCGGGCCGGGCGGCGCCCGCAGCCCGCGGCCGCAAGCGGGCCUCGGCCAACAUCUUCCAGGGCGUGGGGCUGCCGGAGCUGCGGAGCCUGUUCCGGAGCGGCGGGGCCGAGCGGCCCGAGGAGCGCGCCCGCCUCGUCUGGCGGUACGGCGGCCAGCGGCGGAUGGCCCGGGCCCUGCGGCGGCUCCGGCGGCGGCGAGCGGCCGAGCACGGCCCCGGGACGGCGGCGCUGCGGAGCUUCGGCCGCCCGCGGAUCCCCGAGAAGGAGCCGGAGCCCGGCGGCGGAGGGGCUGAGGCGGCCCCGGGGUCCCCGCGGCGGCGCUGAGCGGCCCGGGAACCGGCCCCGGGGGGCUGCGGGACGGCGGCGCUGGCUGGGCUCGCCCCAGACGCCGAGCGCACGGGCCACGAGCGCAGCGGUUACUAAAAGGGGGGCAGAGGCGGCUGCGACCCGGAUCCCGGCUGCUGCGCUGGAGCCGGCCCCGAGGGACGUCCCCACAGCCGCUCGGAGCUGCCGCUGAGACACGGAGGAGGCCAGGUGAACGGCAGCUCUGUUAUUCAGCCGGUUGCGUGGUUUAAAUACAUUACGUACAUUUC